AUGCUCGUAACGAAUAGUCUUUUAGCUAUAGUCUUCUUAUGGGGUAUCAUAGCUCAGGGUGUGGUGCCUGGCGUUACGGGUGAUAUCCGCGAGAGCAAGAGGCAAGCCCCGAACCGGCUCGUCUUUGCGCAUUUUAUGAUUGGGAUUACCAGUGACCGGCACAGCUCCUCUGAUUACGACGAUGAUAUGAAACGUGCUAGUGCGCUGGGUAUAGAUGCAUUCGCAUUGAAUAUCGGCGUGGAUCCGUAUACGGAUCAGCAGUUGCAGUUUGCUUAUGAUUCGGCCGCGCAAAAUUCAAUGAAAGUAUUCAUAUCAUUUGAUUUCAAUUGGUGGAACACCGGACAGGCCUCUGCCAUAGGGCAAAAAAUUGCACAAUAUGCCGACAAACCCGCACAACUAAUGGUUGACAAUAAGGUUUUUGUCUCGUCAUUUGCUGGAGACGGGUUGAAUGUAGGGUCCCUACGCGACGCUGUUGGAAAACCAAUAUUUUUUGCACCGAACUUUCACCCGUCAGAGGGAACCGAUACAUCAUCUGUUGAUGGACUACUCAACUGGAUGGCAUGGCCAAAUAACGGCCAAAAUAAGGCUCCUUCAGCAGGUCAAAAUGUUUCUGUUGCAGAUGGGGACAAUGUAUACGUGAAAGCUCUUGCCGGAAAGGCUUACAUUGCACCGGUAUCCCCUUGGUUUUCGACCCACUUCGGACCCGAGGUAUCCUAUAGCAAAAAUUGGGUAUUCCCAUCGGAUUUACUGUGGUAUAAUCGGUGGAAUGAGAUUUUAGAGCUAGGGCCACGCUUCAUUGAGAUCGUAACAUGGAAUGACUAUGGCGAGUCACAUUAUAUCGGCCCCUUGAAAUCCAUCCAUACUGACGACGGGGCAUCAAAAUGGGUGAAUGAUAUGCCACAUGACGGAUGGCUAGACAUCUCUAAGCCAUAUAUCGCAGCCUUCAAGGACGGAGCAAAAUCAGCUGCCAGCUACAUCACAUCGGAUGAGCUGGUUUACUGGUAUCGACCAGCUCCACGCGAUGUAAAUUGUGAUGCAACCGAUACAUGCAUGGUCCCAGCAAACAAUGGUAGUGGAAACUAUUUCAUGGGUAGACCAGACGGUUGGCAGUCUAUGCAAGACGCUAUAUUUGUUGUAUCCCUUCUCCAGUCCCCUGCAACAGUACAGGUCAACAGCGGGGGAACCCUAUACCAAUAUGAUGCACCAGCUGGGGCAUUUGCUCAGCAAGUCCCAAUGAAGAUUGGGGCUCUAUCAUUCGCUGUUCUUCGAAAUGGAAGCCCAAUCCUUUCUGGGACAAGUUUGAAACCAAUUAUCAAUGGCUGCGUGUGUGGGCUAUACAACUUCAAUGCAUAUGUUGGAACGCUGCCAUUGGGGUUUAAUGACCCUCUUCAGGCAGACGGAUUGGCAGCUUUCAGCCAAGGCCUUAAGGUUCAAACCUGCCAGGCUACUCCAUCACUUGGUACUGUGCCUCCAGCAUCCACAGCUCCCACCACAACAUCUAUAAUCGGCUCCACUUCGCCGAGUUCCCCACCGAAUACGACACCUCCCACCAGCCUGCCUCCGACUACGGCCCCUCCCACCAGUCUGCCUCCGACUUCGCCUCCCAAUCCGCCAACAGGCUGCCCAACAACAACAUGUCCUACAGUUGGUGGCGGAAACACAAUAACUUCCACUACUACCACAACACAAGUCCGUACUGUAACUGUGACUCAAACUCUUCCAUGUACUCCGUCCGGUGGUGGUGGAGGCGGUGGUGGCGGUGGUGGUAAUGUGUGUACUGGUGGAACUGGCCCAGGCAAUUAUGUUGGUCUUUGCAAUUUCUGCUGCCGUUAUGGAUACUGCCCUCCUGGACCUUGUACUUGCACGCAGUAUGGAGCUUCAAUUCCCGCGCCUCCAAAUACCGGAUGGCAUGGCACGCCCCUACCAGGGGAAGAUGAUGCGUACUUGGGGCUUUGCAGUUUCGCUUGCGAUCAUGGAUACUGUCCCUCGACAGCCUGCAGGAUUGUUAGUUAA